AUCUCUGAGCCUUUUUCAUUAGAAGUUAUUUUCUCUUGAUUGGCUUCUCUGCCUAAUUUUACCACACUCCCUGGCCUAACCGUCUCUACUUCUUCCAUCAACCAUUCCCCGGAACCCGAAAACAACUAUCUUUCCUCACUCGCUUCUACCGCCUCUCCUUCUCCCGCUAUCUAUCAGCUUCCUCCAAGCCAAUCUCCAACUCACCUCAGAGCCCACCGCCAAGUUCUCCUUUGGCUACUCUCGAGUAUCUGAAGCCGCCAGAACGCCCAAGCUCCAGAUAUUCGGUUUUGCGUUUUUUCUGGAAUGCCUCGACCUACGUCUUAAACUUUAGCGAGCUUUCCCGCAUCAGCUAUACACGUUUACACAGUAGAACCCGAGAUUUCUCGUGCCGUUGCAGUUAAUUUACUUUGGUCGCUACCUCUAGCUCUAUUCGCUCUUCUCGUCUUCAACCCACCAUACGAUUGGUCGACUCUCCAUCUUUGUUCACAUCCUGUAGUAAAUUUGUAUAGGUGGAGAUCUCAAGGAUUUCAAAGCUAUUCAUAGUUUUAAAAACAAAGUACAUGCAUGGUCGGCUUUUCCAUAUUCGCCUCACAACCGGAAUUUUAUUCACCAAGCAACGCCACCACUGGCGUUUCUCAUUAACCGCCAUACAUUUCACACUAUCUUUCUCCCUUACCCAUGAAUAACGAUUCUUUUGUUGAUCUUACCAUCUCUUCGCCGCCAUUAUCAGUGGAGCAAAGUUCGUCGAACAUGUUUGUUCAUCGAGCAAGAAGUCAACGGCCGUUAGAUAUCACGGCCGGCGCUCCAGCACCCAAAAGACGACGAGUUGACAAUUCUUCUGCUGCUGGGCCUUCGUCACAUCCGGCACGGUAUCAGAGGCAAAUAAACAGUUUGGAUGACGACCCAGAUAUCGAGUCGAUUGAUCUCACGGAGGUAAACGACAGAGUAUCGCUUGCCAAGGUCCUCUCGAAACAGCGUGAGGAUGCGGUAAAGGCACAAAGUACAGCUGGUGGUGUCAUGGGCCGGUCGACCCUGACGGCGUAUAAGUGUCCUGUGUGUAUGGAUACUUGUACUGACGCCACAUCUACUAUUUGUGGCCAUCUCUUCUGUCACAAAUGUAUCAUCGACACACUUCGAUUUGGCGAAGAAAGAAGUAUGCAUGAUGGAAAUGGUAAGGCACCCCGUGGCAGAUGUCCCGUCUGUCGUCAAGCACUCUCGCGAGUGGAUACAUAUGGACCAAAACGGAACCUUGUUCCGCUCCAAUUAAAUCUUUCGACAAGGAAAAGGACCUGAAAUCCAACAGUGGAGCACUCCUUUUAAAUGAUUAAAUAGCAUAGCGGAAUGAAGGGUUGGGUCCGUUGGAUUUGCAUAAUGUGGCGGCGUUUAGGUCUGGAUAGUCAAGGGCAUAGGCUACAAGGGGCGUCUGCAUGCUUCUUUAUAUUGCGUUGUUUGUAUUUUUUAUUUAAAUUUUUUGGUUUUGUUUUUUAGAUACCAGGCCAGGUGCGUUUCGGAAGCUAUCCGGUAUGUUCUUAUCGGACUGUUUGCCAAGUUCAUCCGCAGUUCUCUCCCCUGCUGCUGCAAGACCAAACAGAUAUGAUAUCGAAGCAGUGUAGCAAAGGCACAGGUUACAAUCAACGCCUGCCCGUUCAGAAACAGUAAACAAACAUAGAAACACAUAAACCCAAUUUACAAGGUGCCAUGGUUUCCUUUGACAUCCAGCUUGCCGACACCUCCCAAUGGCUCCAAUGUAUUCCGCCUACUCCUAGCAGCACCCAGCCCCCCUCUAGCUAUCGCAUCGCCUUUCUUACCCAGUACAACUUCCAAAGCCUGUGUAAGAGCUGUUGGGUCAUAUCGCAUCCCCACCACCACGCCUGAUUCAUUCUCCACCUUCCUUCCAUACAACCGCACACAUUCAAUCCCCAUCCCAGCUAAACGUUCGCGGUCUACACGUGGCGUGCCAGGACCCUCAAGAUGUAAUACGUGAGUAACGUAUGAUGUAUACGGAAGCGAAACGGUUGGCAGGCGAUCCACAGAAUUCUCAACCCUUUUAUCUUCACUUAAAAGCGGCAAAUGAUGAUGCUGCCGGCCACGACUCUCUUCGCCAGCACGCACAAUGGCUUCAAUAAAAUCUAGUGCGGUGAAAGGUUGGUGUGCCGGGCCAGUCUCACGGUCGAUGGAUCCGUUCAGGAUCAGGAUCUUUUGGCGCGCACUGCUGUUAGCAAUGGCCUUUCCCACACCCCUGAGAAUUAUGCAGGGUAUUAUAGACGUAUAGAGGGACCCGAUGCUGUAUAUUAUAGCUUGUGAUGAAUUUAAUGCAUCUAAAACGCGGGGGUUGGCUGGGGGUCUGAUCUCUUGGCCAUAUGGGUUUAUGUACCAAAGCCGGGAGAUGCGGCAGGGGAGGUCUUCCGUCCCGGUUUUGUUGAAAGUGAUAUUCUUGUUGCGCAGCGUAGGCAGGGAGCCUGGUAGGUGGCUUUCCUCGUAUGGGAGGUCAUCGGAGUCGGAGCAAGCGUCGUCACCAUCGGCAAGGAGCAGGCUGGGCCUUCUGAGUGAUGGGAUUGGUUGGAUGGCUGUUGCUUCGCUUGGAUGUGAAAUGCUGUUUUGGCCAACGAUGACUGAGCCAUCGACUAGGGAGGCCGAUAUGUGAUGAGAAAACGUGGAGUUUAUAGCGGGUAUCACACGGACAUCGUCCGUCGGGACUGAGCAGAUACUUCCCAGCAGGUAUAUGGCACUCUCAAGGCUGCCACUGAAUAGCCGAGCGCCUGUCAGGAACAGAUUACCAACACUGGCAGAGGUGAAGUCAAAGGUGGAAGAUGGUGGCCUUGCGCGCUUGAGGAUUUCCAGAUUGAGGAGAUUGAGAAAGGAACGGAUUAGUUCUCUCUUUGCUGGGGAGAUAGUCUUCCACAGCGGUGAAGUCCCUUCGACUAUGGAAUACCAUUCAGCAUGUGCGGUGCUCGCUGAUGGGGCUAAACGAUGAUUGAAUAGGGUUUUAAUUGCUGCCCUCUCAGAAUGUGGAGGGCAAUCAGGAAUUAGACGGACGAGUCUACCUAUUGGUCUUUAUUUAGCACGGGCUUCAAUUCUAUUCCAAUAGUUGUGUAUAAAUAAAUGGCAAAUGAUUUGAGGAGAAAGUAACUUACUCCGUACAUCAC